AUGAGCGUUCCUACUAUCGCAAACACAAGGUUCCAACGAGAGCUCAGCAAGUCCGUCAUGGCAACUCAGGCAAUUGGCGGAGGAGGGUUUUUGGGAAGAUACAUUGUCGAAGCUCUGCUAGCCCGUGGAGAACGAAACGUCGCUAUAUUCGAUAUAAGACAAUCCUACUCGUUAGCCAACGCCAAAUUCCAUAUCGGAGACAUUACCAAUAUUGACAAUGUCAAUGAAGCUUGUCAAGGAAAAUCAGUCGUCAUUCACUGUGCAUCGCCUAUUCACGGUGCAGAUGCCACCAUAUAUAGGAAGGUCAACGUAGAUGGAACCAGGAAUGUCAUUGAUGCUUGUGUCAAACAAGGUGUUCGCAAACUGGUCUAUACUAGCUCAGCUUCGGUCAUCUACAACGGAAACGACUUGCAUGGAGCUGACGAGACUGUACCUAUCUGUGAAGUGCCUAUGGAUGCUUACAACGACACAAAGGCUCAAGCGGAGGUCAUGGUAUUAGCUGCUAACGCCAAAGGAAAUCUACUGACUACUGCUUUACGACCAUCUGGUGUAUUUGGUCCACGAGACACUCAAGUCAGUUAUGGAAUGGUCCAAGCUGCUAAACGUGGUCAAACUGGAUUCAUGUUGGGCGACAACUCUACUCUAUUCGACUUUACCUAUGUCGAGAAUGUAGCUCAUGCUCACAUUCUAGCUGCCGACAAGUUGGAGGCUAGUGGUGUUGCUGGAGAGGUAUUCAUCAUAACCAACGAUGAACCAAUGUUCUUUUGGGAUAUGCCCAAAGCAUUAUGGGCCGGUCUAGGUCACAAAAACACUAUGGGAAUACGUAUCCCAUUCCCAAUAGCAUUCUUCAUCGCCUACAUCGUCGACUUUUUCGUUUGGGUGCUCAGACCAAUCAAAAAGCUUGACCCUACGUUUACUGUAUUCAGAAUCACUCUGUUUGCACGCAAUCGUUACUUUUCUUGUGAAAAAGCCAAGAAGAGGUUGGGGUAUAAGCCCCCGGUCACUAUGGAAGAAGGUAUUCGACGAACUGUUGAGUACUGGAAGGAGGUUGAGCGAUCCAAAACUACCAAAUCGGAAUAA